UGGCCUGCAACCGAAGCGAGUGCAAUCUAGUAACAAGUCAAAACUAAACCGUGAAAACAGAGGGAACAGAUUUGUGGGACAUGGGGCUAUCGUGCUUCGCAUGCUUCAACGGUGGCAACAAGCGACAGAGACAGGAAGAGGAUAGAUUGGCCUCUGCUGAAGCCCGUGCCAAAGCCGCCGAAGCUGCCCAGAAACGGCAAGAGGAAUUUGAAAAAUCUGCUGCAGGUAGAGCUGCACGUGCGCAGCAUGUAAUGGCAAAACAAUCUGCAAAUUCUAAUAAAGGCGAACCAGUUCUAAAGUGGCAGAUGGGUUGAUGUUAAGCUUAUUGUCUGUGCAUUUGCAGAUUCUAUUGAUUCAAUCAUGUUAUCCACAUCAUCGGUUUCUCUCAUUCUGAAGGCAAAUUGUUAAUAUCUUUGUUAUAGAUGCCCCAUUAAAGUUGUAAAUGUCUCUCAAGUUUGUUGUGACUUCCAAAAGCACAGAAAUAAGGUAGAAUGAUUGAAACCAAUAUCAAGGGAGUUUCUGAAAUGUUUAUUUGUCUCCUAGUGCAUGUACAAUCUUCAAAAAUAUCAUGUCGCAGAUCAACAUAGUAGAAAUUUGACACUA